UAUCUAAAAUCUACGUGUAUCUUUUCAAUUAGGUGGCAGCAUUUGGUUAGAGUACUAGUCCAUGUAGGAUCGAUUUUCACGCAUAUGUGCUGCAAGAUUGAAGCAUUUUUUUGUUGAGAUUUUUUGUAUAGGUAAAGGACCUACUUGUACAGGCCAUAAUUAUAAUUUGAUGUCAAGUUGUCCUGUUUAUGACUAUGCCUUUUAAUAAAGCACUCUCAUUAGUUUGCUAUUUGAAGUAUUUGAACUCCCUUUUGGAGGUGGUUUGUGUUUUACUGAAUGGCUAGUUGGUAUCUUCUUUGAUCUUGCCUUCCUUCACAUUCAUGCAUUCUCUAUAUUUUUAGAAGCAUUUCUAUGUCAAAGGCAAAUCUCCAUGGUCCUUGCAAGUGGAGUUUUUCUUGUUUCUAUAAGAAUUCUUGGUCAACGUUAUCUUCCUCCUUUCCCCAUUGAAAAGUAUCCAGUCAACUCAUCUGACAUGAUCACUAUUCAGCAUCAGUCUAUGGAAUCUUGUGAGUUGGAAGAUUACUGUGUCUCCAUCGUUAGGAGAAUCAGGGAAUUUUAUCGUUUGCCUGGAGAUAUAGGGGAGCUUCCGAUGAAUUUGAAGCAUGCGAUGGAUUCCAAAGAUUCAGAUCUUAAUUCCAGCUCCGCGCCAUCAGAAGGAACUGAAGAUGAGAUGAAAGCAGCUGCACAAGAUAUUGCCAGUUAUCAGGUUUCUUUUUUAGGAUGCAGUUUCUGGGUUUAUUUUUCUCUGUUUUUUUUGUCGUUACAAACAUAAAAACACAACACUUAAAUAUAAUAGUCAUGGUCAGAAUCAAGGAUAACGAAAGGCUUUGGUCUUUCGUGAACACUUAACCAAAUAUAUUCCAUUAGGAAUAUCUAACAAUUGCAAGAGCGGUAACCACUGUCAGGGGCGGAUGUAGAGUAAAGAGUGCGGGUUUCUAGGAACCUAAUAAUUUUCGUACGUUUCUUGAAUUUAUAUUGAAAAAAAUUGGUAAAUAUAUAAGAAUUAUAGGUUGGGAACCCACAAACAAAGUGUGUUAUUGAUAUAGUGAUAAAGAAUUAUAAGUUGAGAACCCACAACCUUUAAAUUUUAGAUCUGCUUCUCACCACUGUAUUUUAUGGACAAGCUCGGCUACUUUAUCUAGCUUACAUCACUGUUCACAACUUCUAGGACCCCUUUGAUAAAAGAUUCAAAAUUACCUAAAAUAUGCCAAUUGGGGUCAGAUUUGCACUUUGAGUUAACGAUAUUUCUGAAUUAUAAAAUUUUAGCGUUGAAGAUCCUAUUUUCAUUGCUACUUUUCAUUUUCUUAAAAAAGAACCUAAGCUCCUCACGCUUUUGAUUUUAGUUUUGCAAUAAAUAAGAAUUGCAAGAGCGAUAACCACUGCAUUUUAUGGUCAAGUAUGAAGAGCUUUAAACUUUUUGUGCCUCAUUAAAAGUUUUUGCUUUAGACAAAAUUGUCUUUUCAC